AUGUCUUCCGAGUUCGAAGACGUCCUCACAAAUCAACCGGUAGUCAUCGACAAUGGAUCUGGGACAAUAAAGGCAGGAUUUGCUGGGCAGGACCACCCCAAAUGCUUCUUCCCGUCCUUCGUGGGACGGCCGAAACAUAUUCGGGUCAUGGCUGGUGCGCUGGAAGGUGACGUAUUUAUUGGUAGAAAGGCACAGGAAUUCCGAGGGCUACUCAAAAUUAAAUAUCCCAUGGAACAUGGAAUUGUCACUGACUGGGAUGACAUGGAGCGGAUAUGGAGCUGGGUAUAUGCAGAAGAGCUGGGAACGCUGAGUGAAGAGCACCCAGUACUGCUGACUGAAGCGCCCCUCAACCCGCGGCAUAACCGCGACGUCGCUGCCCAGAUCUUCUUCGAUACCUUUAAUGUGCCCGCUCUAUUUAUCUCUGUGCAAGCUGUACUCUCACUGUAUUCAUCAGGACGAACGACAGGAAUUGUACUCGACUCGGGCGAUGGCGUGACACAUGCAGUGCCAGUAUUUGAGGGUUUCUCUAUGCCGCAUGCCAUUCGCAGAGUAGAUGUGGCGGGAAGAGAUGUCACGGAUCAUUUGCAGCUACUACUACGAAAGGCUGGACACCAUCUGCAUACAACGGCCGAGCGAGAAGUAGUACGAACAAUCAAGGAGAAGUGUUGUUACGUUGCUGUCAGUCCUGCGAAGGAAGAGAAGGAUUCUCUCGGACGGGUGGAAGAGUUCAGAUUACCCGAUGGCAACACUGUACAACUUGGUCCGGAGAGAUUCCGCGCGCCCGAAAUUCUAUUCAACCCUGAGAUAAUUGGCCAGGAGUAUGCUGGAGUGCAUCAAGUUGUCGUGGAUGCUAUCAACCGAGUGGAUCUGGAUUUACGGAAGAGCCUUUUCUCCAACAUCGUGCUCAGCGGAGGCAGUACAUUGUGCCGUGGAUUCGGUGAUCGUCUGCUCAAUGAAGUGAAGAGACUGGCGUUGAAGGAUGUCAAGAUCAAGAUCUAUGCACCUCCAGAACGCAAAUAUUCUACAUGGAUCGGCGGCUCCAUUCUGGCAGGGCUGAAUACAUUUAAGAAGAUGUGGGUGUCAGCAGAGGAGUAUCAAGAAGAUCCAGACAUCAUCCACAAGAAGCUAGGUUUUUGA